AUGGCCGACUCUGCGAGCGGAUCUGCAAGCGCGCCGAGCUCAGAUUUCUACACCGCUGCGGGAUUCAGAAAGUGGGUCGUCGAGAACAAGAUCAAGGCUGUUGGUUCACUAUGGGCGUCAGCGGUGGGAGGUUCCAUUCUGUAUAACUUCAGGAAGCCUGGGGAGAAGAUGAGCGUCAAGAUCAUCCAUGCGCGGCUACACGCUCAGGCAUUGACAUUGGCGGCAUUGCUGGCUGCUGGCGCUGUAGAAUACUACGAGCAUGCCUCGGGAGCAAAAGUGGAGAAAGUUGCUGAACAAACGAAAUUGCAUUGA